UCGCCACCGCUGGAUAGCAUCCGACCGUCCAUGCUCAUCACAAGAGAAGAGUUCGAGGCUCUUCCGCCUACGAUACAACGCAAAGUAAGUCAAUCGCCUUUUCUUGUUCAUCAAAUGAUUUCUCUCUGCGCUUUGGCAUCUUUCGGUCCGGGACGCGGACGCAAAAGCAAUGCCAAAAAGACCAAACCAAGCACCGAGACACGCACCCAGACAUGCAUCCAAGCCGUUUCCCCACUACAUGUCAACACACAUCGAUUUCCCUCCCUAUUUGCCCUUCUAUUAUCGCUGCGCAUCAUUUCCUACAAGGUCGCGAUUGACUUGUCUCGAGUCGAUGGAGCGACUCCCAAUGAAAGCGCUCCCUUCAAUCCCGAACCCCUUUGCAUCCCUUCCACACAUACACAUUUCACAUUCUUAGUUCCUGGGAUGAACUUGCCUGGCAUGACUCUACAUGAUUGGGUCGAACAAGGUGCUGCCAGUCAUCAUGAUUCGGCCAGUCGUGUGUCCAUCAUGCAGCUGCCGGGGCUAGUAACCGCCUGGACAUCAACGAACUCCCACCACAAGGGCCACAAGCAGGCCCGGCCAACACCAGGCCAGCACCCACCCAUGUCUUGCCUAGUCUGGCUUGUCUUGGCUGUGGGCGGCUCGGCGGUGGACCAUUGGCUGGGUAAGCCCAAUACGCCCCUCACCCCUCCCAGAUCCUUCCCUUUGGGGACUCCCAUCACAUCCGGACCCUAGCCGGACGUGAC